CGCGGCGCCAUGAGCCCGGAGGAGUGCACGUACCUGGCCGUGCUGCUCGUCUCCGUGCCCGUCGGCUUCGUCUUCAAGCGGGCGGGGCCGCGCGGGAAGCAGCUGGGCGCGGCGGGCGCGGGGCUGCUGCUGACGCUCCUCACCUGCCGCCUGCACGCGCUGCAUUCGCUGCUCACUGUGCUCGGCACCGGCCUGCUCCUGCGCCUCGCGCCCAGGUCAUGCCACUACCUGACGCUGGGCUGGACCUUCUCCUACCUGCUCUUCUUCCGGAUGGUGACAGUCUUUGGACUGCCGACCCCCACGCCCUACACCAAUGCUGUACAGCUGCUGCUCACGCUCAAGAUGGUGAGCUUGGCCCAUGAAGUGCAGGAGUUCAGCCUGGCCAAGAAGCAGGAAGUGACAUCUUUCUCCAAGAACCCUGUGAUUGGUCUGAUCCCCAGCAAGCCAGGGCUGAUGGAGAUUCUCUGCUACAGCUACUGCUAUGUGGGACUCAUGACUGGUCCUUUCUACCGUUACAGGACCCAUUAUGACUGGCUGCACCAGCCAAACUCCAUGGCCAUCCCCAGCUGGCGCCCCCUGCUGGCACGGGCACGUCUGGUGCCAGUGUUUGGGCUGCUCUUCCUGGGGGUGUCAGAGCUGUUUCCACUGGAAUAUGUUCGCAGCGAGGCCUUCGAGGCUCGGUCCCUGCCCUUCCGCCUCUUCUACAUGACGCCAGUCUUCUUUGUCUUCCGCAUGCGCUUCUACGUGGCCUGGCUGUGUGCCGAGUGUGCCUGCAUUGCUGCUGCCUUUGGUGCCUACCCUACUACUGCCCGGGCCCGCUCUGGGAGUGGUCCCACGACCGACUACACACCCCCUGAGAGCUCAGAGGAUGGGGCACCCUGUGAGUAUGACUAUGAGACCAUCAAAAACAUUGACCCACAUGGCACUGACUUCUGCGUGCGUGUCAAGGAUGGGAUGCGGUACUGGAACAUGACGGUGCAGUGGUGGCUGGCCCAGUACAUCUACAAGAGUGCCCCCUUUGGGUCCUAUGUGCUGCGGAGUGCCUGGACCAUGCUGAUCUCAGCCUACUGGCAUGGCAUCCACCCUGGCUACUACCUGAGCUUCCUGACCAUCCCACUGUGCCUGGCAGCAGAGGGUGCCAUGGAGGCAGCACUGCGGGGGCGCCUGUCAGCCCGGGGACGCCUGGGCGGCGACUGGGUCCAGUGGUUCCUCAAGAUGCGGGCCUAUGAUUACAUGUGCAUGGGUUUUGUGCUCCUUUCCUUCCAGGACACUGUGCACUACUGGCACUCUGUCUACUUCUGCAUCCAUGGGCUAGCUGUUGCCCUCUUGCUUCUGGCCAAGGUGCUGGGCAGGGGCCCCCAUGCCACAAGUCCCCAGGGCAAGGAGGAUGGGGCCAAAAAAGGACCUUCUGCUCCAGAGUGGCAGCACCAGGAGUGAGGGGUGGUGAGCAGCUCCUGGAGGGAGAGGGUAGCAGACAGGGUCCCCUUCCAUCAUGAGUCUCCCCCUCUUCCUGUGGGUCCUCACUCCCCUGGCUGGCUGGCUGCAGGGAAGAAAUACUGCCCCUCCUAUCUCAGGGUGGGGGGACACCCCUGAAAGCAGGGCCUCACUCCAUGGGAGGCGCAUCGCCUCUCCUCGGAGGGGCUUUUGCCCCCAAACUACUAUCUUGGGAGUGAAGCUGCCCCCACUACGCUUUAUCUCUGUCCCCUGCUUAAAUGUCCAUCUGUCCCUCAGAUGCCAGUGUUAGGGGUGUCCUGGGCUGCAGCACCCACUGCUCCUGCUUCCUCCCUGUCAGGGGCAUGGGGGGGGGGGGGGGGGGAAGGGAUGCUGUGGCCUUCCCCUCCUGGCUCAAGGGUGCAGGGAGGUGAGGAGCAUUUCCCAGGGUUGGGCCUGGAGGCAGCUGGCCUGUGCGCGCCCGGGGACUGCUAGAGUGCCUGGGGACUUCUGGGGCUGGGGAAGGUUGCCCUGUCCUGUGGUCUCCCCUUUUUCCUCUUUUUUUAAGUGCUUAACCUGGUUUAAAUUAAUGCUGCAUUUUUUUACAAACUGGGGUACAGGGGAGGGAAGGGAGGGUUGGGAGGGAAUAGGGGGCAAGCAAGGCAGGGGCUUGGGUGGAGAGGAGGUAGCUGGUUGAGGGUGGGAGUGAGGGGUGCUGGGGGCCUCUCACCAGGAUCCCCCUGCCUUGGGGGUUUGUGUUUCCCGUGGUAGCGGUGGCUGGUCCAAUAAAACACUGAGCCCCUUC